CCCCUGAGGCACCCGCCAGGCUGCAAUUGACGAAGCUCUAGCAUACUAUCCACAGAGCCAGCCAGUCCAUUGAAAAUUGGAGAAAACAAGAAACAGAAAUGCCAGUAGCACCUUCAAUUCCUCGUCUUCACUCACCAUUUCUAUGUUGCCAUCUUCAAGAAAUUUCUUCUUCUUCAUUGUCAUCCUUCAAGUCUCCAAGAAACAAUCAUCAACGGUCACCAGUAUCUCAUCCAUGCAUCAGAGCUGUUGAUCUUGAUCAGAACACGAUAGUUGCAAUUUCUGUCGGGGCCGUGAGCAUUGCUGUUGGGAUAGGCAUUCCAGUUUUCUAUGAAAGCCAGAUUGAUAAUGCUGCAAAGCGAGAAAAUACUCAGCCAUGUUUCCCUUGCAGUGGUAGUGGUGCCCAGAAAUGCAGAUUUUGCCUGGGAACUGGCUCAGUGACACUGGAGCUAGGUGGGGAUGACAAAGAAGUCUCUCCAUGCAUCAAUUGUGAAGGUGUAGGUUCUUUGACAUGCACAACAUGUCAAGGCUCCGGCAUUCAACCCCGGUAUCUAGAUCGCAGAGAAUUCAAGGAUGAUGAUUGAAGCUCUGAACGAGCAGUAGUUUUGAAGUUGAUCCAAUCAGCUUGCAAUGAGAAAGACUUGAUGAUCAACAUUGUUUGUAUCGACACCUUCAGAUUCCAUCGUUUCUUUCACCUUCUUUUGUCUAAUGUACACAAGCUCAAUUUGCUGGGAGUCAGGUGGUAUUGAUUCUACUGGGGAAUCAAUGAGAAGCAGGGGUGUUAUGAUAAUUGAAAGGAAUUAAACAGAAAAGAAGAACAAGGGGAGAUAGAGAAGAGUCACGCAAACAGAAUCACAUUUUCACAACUCCAUAUCUAGCACAAGCAGUACUGAUUUUGUUUCACUAAAGAGCAAAAGCUGCUUCGAAACAAUGAAUGAAAACAACCUGGCUAAAGCAAUGCCAAUAGGCCCCAUGCAUGGCUUCCGGGAAGUUAAAAGCAACAAAAAGAACGAAAAUAACUAGCCAAACGUCCAGCUGCCUAGAAUGGCAUAUCACGCUGUUCUUCACAUGUAUGCUUUUGCCGUGGCUGCUGUUCAGAAAGCGUGGAAAGUAGAGAAUGAGAAUGAAGAGAGAGAUGCUUUUGAAUGCAGAGAUUUCUAUGA